AUGCACAUGACCUUCUGCGUUGGCUUUAAGAAUGUGGAACUGUUGUUUCCUGGCGUGGUGAUCAACACAGCUGGAGAAAUGGCUGGAGCUUUUGUGGGAGUGUUUUUACUAGCAAUGUCCUAUGAAGGACUCAAGACAGCCCGGGAGGGCCUGCCACGCACGUCACAACUCAGCAUUUGCUACAAUUCCAUGCCUGUUCCAGGACCAAAUGGGACCAUUCUUAUGGACACACACAGAACUGCUGGGCAGCAGAUGCUGAGCUUCCCUCGCCUCCUGCAAACAGUGCUGCAUAUCAACCAGGUGAUCCUCAGCUACCUCAUCGUGCUCCUCCUCAUGACCUGCAAUGGGUACCUCUGCGUUGCUAUAGCAGCAGGAGCCGGCACAGAGACUUUCUCUUCAGCUGGAAGGAGGCAGUGGCAGUGGACAUCACAGAGCAUUGCCAUUAACGUCAAACUCCAUGGUGUGGCCUUACUGAUUGCAGUGAAAGCAGUUCAAGACUGGAAGACAUUAUUCCUACUCGAAUCUCCCCUUCUUGCUCCUUCACUCCUUAUACACACGCCUUCUCAACAGAGGGUUAGCUUCCAGUCUGUGAGCUAA